AAACUUUUUUUUCAUAUUUAAUAUAUAUAUUCAAAGAAACGAGAUAAUAUAUAAAUCACAAUUUAUGCAGGUUAUCUUUUCUUUAAUUUUGUAACGAUGCUAUACACUUCGGCUCUAGUAACACUAAUUCACCCUCAUGGUUAGCGCGAAAUUUGAAAUAGUUCAACGGGAAUCACGCCCUAACUGAAGUACAAUAACACGUUUAAUAUUUAAUAAAAAAACAAAGGCCCACGGGAUAGUGACGAGCAUUAAUGAACUGUUAUUUGAACAAACGUCACACGGAAUCUAUGUGUUAGGUCAAAACUAAUUUACGGGAGUGCCGGGGGUUGAUAGCGUAAUACAAGGUGUGGCAGUGGUGGCUAACCACUCCUAGGAAUAGAUACAAUUAGUUUUUAUUCCGAGUGAGCCGUUUAGCGAAGGCAUCGUACUUAUAAAUGUUUUUAUUGUUUAUAUUUGUUAAUAAAGUAUAACCACAAUGGAGAUUGGAGAGAAGAUCUUCGCGGGUAUGGAAGAACCGCAAUGGCUGGAGCAGAAUGUUAUGGGCGAACUGAAGCUCUGGCACAUUAUGUUCAUUUGUUUAGGCGUGGUGACAGUUAUGAUCGUGAUGGUGUGCUGCUGCGUCCGGUUCCGGAUUCCCCGCACGAAGCAGCAGAUAGAGGCGGACUACCAGCGGCGGAAGAUAACCGCCAAGUUCCGGCAUCAGCUCGAAACCAUACAGGACAACAAGAUGGACGCCAUGUCGCUUACUGACGCGUUGGAGUUGCUUCACGAGACGACGGAGAAAUCUAAACCUAUGGACAACAACGGGUCGCAGCAGAGCUCGGUGGUUUCGCCGCAGCAAAGUUCGCUGGACGCGGCGUUCCCCGAGGGGCCGCCGCAGAAGCCCGAGCCGCAGGUGGCGGGGCUCAGCUUCGUGAAGUUCGCCACCAAGGUCAGCCACCUCGCCAAGCUGGGCGGCAAUAAGACGCCGGAGCCGCCCGCGCCGACCAAGAUGGACUUUUAAUUCGAUUUAUGUACAAUAUUUUAUAAGACGAGGGCUGCAAAAAUUCUUAUUCUUAUUCGGCGCAAUAAAAAUUGUGGCACAUAUUUUGGCGGCCCUCGUUAUGCACAGACUGGACGUAAGUGGCGCGCGGUGCGGCGGACAGCAAAUCAAGUCCGUUUAUAAAGUCUGACCU